AUGAGCCCCGAACUCCAGCAGGUCCUCAAAGUCUGGGAUCGGACACGCACCAACAGCCCCAUCUACGAGUUCCUUCUCGACGCCAUUGAUGUGUAUGACGCCGAGAAGGGCGUUGUCCGCGCCCGUCUCCAGGUCGGACCGCGCCACCUGAACUCCAAGGGCACGUUGCACGGAGCCUUCUCAGCAACCGUGACGGACUGGGCCGGGGGUCUCUCCAUCGCGUCGUGUGGGUUGGAUGCCACGGGGGUCAGUACCGACAUCCACGUCAACUACCUGUCCACGGCGACGGCGGGCGACUGGCUAGAGAUCGAGGGCCGGGCAAACAAAGUGGGCAAAUCGCUGGCCUUCACGACCGUGUCCAUCUCCAAGAAGACCGAGUCUGGGCUGUCACUGGUGGCGCAGGGAUCGCACACCAAGUAUGUGAGAGCGCGAUCCUAG